AUGUCCGCGGACGCCGCGCGCGAGCCCUGGGCGCGAUCGUACGCCGAGGCGACGGUGAAGCACGCGAAGCCGCGACGCGAAGACGAUGGAGAUCGAUCGGCGCCGACGCGGUUCGCGUACGGCACGGCGGGAUUCCGAACGACGGCGACGGCGUUGCGAUCGACGUGCUUUCGAGCGGGCGCGUUCGCCGCGGCGCGAGCGAUGGCGCACGGGGGGAAGACGACGGGGAUGGUGGUGACGGCGAGCCACAACCCGGCGUCGGAUAACGGCGUGAAGCUCGUGGAACCGUCGGGAGGGACGCUGCCGAUGGCGCUCGAGGGCGUGGCGGAGAUGUUAGCGAACGCCGAGGACGGGGACGCGGAGACGCAGGUGCGGGCGCUGCGAGAGGCGAUGGCGACGGCGGCGCCGGCGGACGCGGCGUCGGCGAACGCGUCGGCGCGCGUCUUCGUGGCGAGAGACACGCGAGAGAGCGGACGCGCGCUCGCGGACGCGACGCUGGCGGGCGUGCACGCGAUGGGCGUCGAGGCCGUCGAUCGCGGGAUCGCGACGACGCCGCAGUUGCACUAUUACGUGUAUUGCGCGAACGUCGGCGCCGACGACUCGGAGCGCGCGUAUUACGAUCGCUUGUCCGCGGGAUACGCCGCGCUGACGGAGAGGGACGAAGACGAGGACGAAGACGACGAUCACGGCGCGACGGUGGUGAUCGAUUGCGCGGACGGCGUGGGCGGUGUGAAGUUGUCGUCGCUCGGCGAAGCGGUGGCGCCGUACGGGCUCGCGUUUGAUUUGCGAAACCGAGGCGACGAGCCGACGUCGUCGCUGAACGACGGCGUCGGUAGCGAUUUCGUGCAAAAGGGAAAAACUAUCCCGACCCGCGGAGGUUUUGAAAACUUGCCCGCGGGCACGCGGUGCGUGUCCAUCGACGGCGACGCGGACCGACUGGUUUAUUUUCAAACGACGGCCGCUGGGGGCGUCGAUUUGGUCGACGGCGAUCAAUUGGCGGUGCUCAUCGCGUGCUGGAUGAACGCGCGCGUCAAAGAAGCGGCACCGUAUUUGAAUGACAUCACCGUGGGCGUCGUGCAAACGGCGUACGCCAACGGAGCGUCGACGGAGUUUUUGACUCGCGAGCUCGGCGCGGCGCCGGCGUGCGUGCCGACGGGGGUGAAACACCUGCACCAUCGAGCGGAGGAAUUCGACAUAGGGGUGUACUUCGAAUCGAACGGCCACGGGACGGCUUUGUUUUCCCCGAGCGCGAGCAAGGCGAUCGAGGACGCGACGGUGGAGGCGCUGGUGGCUCGCGACAUGCCCGCCGUCAAGGCGCUCUUGGCGUUGACGAACGCGCAGCGGGUCAUCAAUCCCUCCGUGGGCGACGCCAUGAGCGGCAUCUUACUCGUCGAGGCCAUAUUACGGCGAACCGUCAAGGCGCCUCGUUUGGGAUCGUUUUACAAAGAUUUGCCCUCGAGACAAACCAAAGUCGUCGUCGCGGACAGGACGAAGAUUCAAACCUUUGACGCCGAGCGCCGCGUCGCCGAGCCGGAGGGUCUCCAGGACGCCAUCGACGCCAUCGUGCGAGCGUCGAACGACGCUCGAUGUCGCGCGUUCGUGCGUCCGAGCGGUACGGAGGAUUGCGUUCGCGUCUACGUCGAGGCGAGCGAAGAGACGCGCGUCGAGGAGACGACAAGGGCGAUCGUUCGAGCCGUCGAGGCGCACUGCGGGUAG